CAGGACACUUUUUGACGUGCGUUCUUGUGUGUGUUUGAGUGUGAGCAUUCACUAAUGGCUUUGCCAGGACCGUACUCCCCCAUGUCGAUCACCGGUGACCCCACAGUGGAACCCUUCUUCCCUCGUUAUGGCUACACCACACUCUCCGUCGUCAUGGGAAUUGUCACUGUGACUGCUGUCACCCUGAAUGUGACUGUGAUCACUGUGACCGCCCGGCAUCGCCAGCUUCGCCAACCCCUGAACUACGCCCUGGUGAACCUGGCGGUGGCCGACCUGGGCACAGCGCUGAUGGGUGGGGUGCCUGCUGUACUGUCCAACGCAGCCGGCCACCACAUCACGGGAAGGGCAGGCUGCAUUCUGGAGGGCUUUUCUGUGGCUCUUUUUGGCAUCACAGCUCUGUGUUCUGUGGCCCUGAUUGCGCUGGAGCGUAUGUUUGUGGUGUGUAGGCCACUGGGGAUCUUCAAGCUCCAGGCAUGGCAUGCAGCGGUGGGUAUGGGCAUAUCCUGGGUGUGGUCUCUGAUAUGGAACACGCCCCCUCUCUUUGGCUGGGGUGGCUACCAGCUGGAGGGCGUGAAUACAUCCUGUGGACCAGACUGGUCCGGCCGCCAGCCAGGCAACGUCUCCUACAUCCUCUCUUACUUCCUGCUCUGCUUUGCUGUCCCGAUCACACUCAUUGUGGUGUCAUACGCCUGGCUGCUCUGGACUUUAAGAAAGGUGGCUCAGUUGGGUGGGGGAGCUGCUAAAGCUGAGGCCAAGGUAGCAUGGAUGGUUGUUGCCAUUGUGCUAGCGUUUUUGGUUAGCUGGUUGCCCUAUGCGGUGCUUGCCCUGACUGUUGUGUUUGACCCAGAGGUCAAAAUCAGCCCACUUGUUGCCAUGGUGCCAGUGUACCUUGCCAAAAGCAGCACAGUCUACAAUCCCUUGAUCUACAUCUUCAUGAACAAACAGUUCCAAAAGUAUGCUGUGCCCUUCCUGUUCUGUGGGUGGAGCCCUUGGGGGCUGGAGGAUUUGGAUGCCGAGGCGAACACAACCGUCUCCUCCGUCAACAACCAGGUCUCACCCGAGGCAUGAACACACACCUCUGGGGAAGACCACGACUGAAGGAACACACCCUCUGGAGCUCACUCAGCUGACAUUAGCUAAAACCUUUCAUACGUAUUCAAAACCUUUCAUACGUAUUAAAAAGGUUUCAUACGUAUUCUAAAACCUUUCAAAUGUAUUCAAAAAGUUGUAUUUUGCUGUACAUAACCUUUUGAGAAUAUGACACUCGAAACAAAGAUGCUUAACACAUUAUUAUUACAAACUGUCACAACCGAUAAGUUAACAGUACAGAGGAGAACAAGAGAUGAUAAUUGUGUUCAUCAUACCUCACAUGUUCAACCUCUUUCUUCAUUCCUUUGUCUUCCUUCUCAACUGGAAGGAAAUAAAACAAAAAUUAUGAAUA